UUCUUAAUUGUAACUUGCAAUGGCGUCUGUUAAAACGAACACUUCGACGAUAUUAAAUAAAGCGGUUUUGUUUCUGUUUGCUGUGCUAUUUAUUUGUUUAUUAGAAGUAAUUUUCGGCUUUUACGUGUACAAACUUGCAAAGAUAGAUUUGCGAGAGGAGUUCCGAAAGGAAGUACGUAAUGGCGUUUGCAAGACGAAGUUUAAAGAAUUACUUGACCAGGAAGAAUAUUUAAAGGAUGUUUGCAACAAAAUAGUUUUCAGCCGUAAGUGGCACUCUUCUGGUGGACACGCCAUUUCCAAAAGAGGCACGGGUUUUAAUAUUCCUAUAUUAGGUCCUGUAUUCAAUCCGAAUUUAGGUGGUCUGUUUAACAGCAACGUUCCGCAAUCUAAGCCUUGUUCACCGGGACCACCAGGUCCUCCAGGCUUUCCUGGUUCAACUGGACCAAAAGGAGCCUCGGGACCCAAAGGUGUUCCAGGAAAUGCCGGUGUCAAGGGUGAGCCCGGGUAUGAAGGUUUGCAGGGGAUGGCGGGUGAAAAGGGAAGUGUCGGAGAAAAAGGUGCAGUGGGUGAAAAAGGAGCUGUUGGCCCACCAGGAGCGCCUGGUAUACGUGGAGAAUCAGGAAAAAUGGGUGCUCCUGGUCAAAAAGGUGAACCUGGCGAUGCGGGUAAACAUGGAAGAGAGGGUGUAAAAGGAGAGCCAGGUGCUCCAGGUGCUCCGGGAAAAGAAGGCAGACCUGGAUCUCCAGGGAUACCCGGAAUUGAUGGACAGGAAGGAAAGGUUGGACCUCGAGGGGAAAAAGGCGAACAAGGCACCAAUUAUUGUUUGGAUGGGAAAUCCCAAAAAAAGAGAGAUAUUGUGGUUCCUGGUGUACCUGUACAAAAAGGACAGAAGGGUGAUGUGGGAGAUCUAAGAGCUGAGGACACUAGAUUAUACGGCAGCGAUGGGCAAUCCAUGAAUUCUAAAUGAGAAAAGCAGCAAUGACCUUUUGGAUGGGUAUAGGUUUAGAUGUAAAAUUCAAUGAUUCCUGUACAAUUGCCACAAUUGUAUUAACUCUGUCUAUUGAUGAGAAUAUAUAUUUUUAACGUC